AUGCCGCUGUCGACCUCGAGCUCCCGUCUAUUGCGCCGCGCGCAAUUGCUUCCAUGCUGCCGUCACACAAGGGUACCCAUCGGUAGCCGAUACCAUGGACGUCUCUCGACACCUCUCGCUGGACAAUUGGCCUCCGCACACCCGGUCCCUUCCUCUCCUUUACGCUCUAUAAAUGCGACAUCACCAUCCGUCCCGCGGCAUAGCUUGCAGGUUCGCUUCGCCGCGACAGCCCAGCCAAUUGAGACUGAACCGAAAGAAGUGAACCCCGCCACUCAUUAUAUUCCCCCUCAGACGGGUCUGAUUGCCUCCCUGCCCCGGUCAUGGAUACCGUACGCCGAGUUGGUCCGGUUGGACAAGCCCACGGGCACUUACUAUCUCUUCUUUCCCACCCUUUUCUCCACGCUUCUCGCUGCCCCGAUGGCCGUUGAUGUGGCACCGCUGCAGGUUCUGGGCACAAUCGGACUCUUCUUCUCGGGCGCCCUGAUCAUGCGAGGUGCCGGGUGCGCCAUCAACGAUCUGUGGGACCGAAACCUGGACCCUCAUGUGGAACGCACCAAGUUCCGGCCUAUUGCCCGAGGAGUGCUUUCGCCACGGAAUGCCGUGCUGUUCACCGGUAGCCAACUCCUGGCUGGGCUCGGCGUGCUUCUCCAAUUCCCUGCCCAAUGUCUCUGGUACGGCAUCCCCAGUCUGCCGAUCGUGGUGGCCUAUCCCCUGGCCAAACGCGUCACCCACUACCCUCAGGCGGUCCUGGGUCUUGCCUUCUCCUGGGGGGCUAUCAUGGGAUUCCCGGCUCUGGGUGUCGAUUUGCUGGCCAAUCAGGAUGCCCUCAUGGCGGCAGGGGCAUUGUAUUCCAGCUGCAUCGCAUGGACGGUUCUGUACGAUAUGAUCUAUGCGCACAUGGAUAUCAAGGAUGAUGUGGCUGCGGGGAUCAAGUCGAUUGCUCUGCGUCAUGAACACAACACCAAGGCUGUUCUCACUGGUCUGGCCGUCACUCAAGUCACCCUUCUGGGUGCGGCGGGACUCGCGGUGGGCUGUGGACCGGUCUUCUUCGCUGGUAGCUGCGGCAGUGCCAUCCUUUCCCUGGGAUUGAUGAUCUGGAAGGUUCAGCUCAAGAACGUUCGCAACUGCUGGUGGUGGUUCAAGAAUGGCUGCCUCCUAACGGGCGGCGGCAUCAGCCUGGGUCUUGCUGGAGAGUAUGCCACGCAAUAUCUGGGACUGUACGAUAGUAAAAAGAUUUCCGAGUCCGAGUCAACAUAA